CGCAGUUCUAGAGCUGUCAUAAACUGUACCUUUAAGCAUGGACCUUCCAACAUGGCAGAAAAAUGCUAUCGACAUUAGACUAAACCGAGAACAAGACGAGAACCUUGGGGACCUAUCGAUAGCAAAAACAGAUACUGUGAAAAAUGAACCGACAAUCGGAUUUGGACAAGCCAUGUAUACGUUAUUGGAGGCGAACAACCAAACCUGGCGCACCACGUUUAUGCACCUACGGCAAGGAGUCGAGUUAAAAGGCUAUUUUGAAAGCGCAAUAGUAGCUAUCGACCAACAUAUUGCUAAUGAUAGCUCCGCGCAUCAAGAUCUCCUGGACUCUCUAGUGGAUAAGGUUCUUAUGACAAAGAAUCAUCACCACAAUUCAGCAUGUAACAUCGCGCAAUACUUGAUAUUGUAUUCGGAGAGCAAGUCAGCCUUUUGCGAUAUGUUGCAACAGCAAUUGAUGUCGGAUAACUUGAGAACCAAGCUAGCUAUUCUUCGAAUGAUAGCUUACAUUACAGAAGAUUGGAAGAAUACAGCUGAUACGCAAUUGGCAAACGUGCAGUACACUCAGGCGGAGGUCGGCACUGUAAAGCAAUUUGUAUCCUCGUGCGUUUUGAUUGCGUCCUCAAGUCCCAUUUCGACACAGCUUUCAGUUCUCGCUAGCGACUUAGUGCUUGUUAUAUCACGAUAUAUCUUGAAUUUCAUGGCACGUCCACCCUCUGAACCAAGUCCAGUUAGUGGCGGGAAGAUACAAAUUAUCGAAAUCCAACAAAGCGGCUCACAAGAAUACAAAGAUACAGCUGAACUUUUGGAAAAGAUGACAACACUCUUACAGACAAUGGAAAAAUGGCUAGAUGUCUCAGAAUUCUUGAUCAACCUUGCUUGGCGGGAGAUACAAUUGUUCUUGAAAGUGGCAAGGAACCACCUCGUGUCAGGAGACGUUAAUGCACAAUUACUGGACAAAUUAUCCAAGUUUUGGGAUGUCAUUUCGCGUGCUUUAUCCUCAAAGUAUAUUCGAUCCAAACCAAAAUUAAUGAUCAAGACUUUGAAAUCUCCAAAUGAUUUAAAGCCUGAAGAAAAGCCGGUGUGGCUACUCAGUACAGUGUGCACAACACUCAUCAUCAAUGGCAACAGAUAUCGAUUGUUUGUUCCUAAUAACGAGACGGAUGUUGAAUCGACACAAAAGCUGGAUACAGAACUGCUGGACCAUUCUGCUCAACUAGUACAGGACUACCUAGAUGUCUUCGACGUUCUUCCCGGCUUUGACAAAGUCGGACACAACCUGCGCAUGGCAUUACACUGUCUUCGGGGUGAUAACAUAGAAUCUGAUGACCUCAUCCCGUAUCAACUCGAGAUGCUACAACUAUACCCAGAAGAUAUGAACCAGUAUAUCAACUAUAGAUUUCCAAACAAAUUGAUAGAAGGAAUUUUCCAACAACUCGACAAAACAUCCCUUGAAUACAAUGUCUGCAGCAAAGUGCUAGAAGGCGCCACUCCCAAUUCAGACUACCCAACCUUAAUUAAACAUAUAUGCACGUACAUUGGCCAUACUGAUAGCCAGAUCAAUCAACUUGCCCAAGAUUGUAUUGCGAUGGUCUUGCAAAGGGAAGAAAAUUGCGAGGAAUCUCUAUUCAUUUUCAUCGAAUGCAUGCGUAACGUAGCAAACGGACAUGUGGAAAUCAGGCAAGUGGCGAACCAGCAAUUAUCACCUGCUAAUCUCUUGUCUGGCGGUGGUCUACCAAACAAUACCAAUGCAGCAGGAGGAGCAGUCGAGAAACUGAACCAGAUGAUGCUCGUUGUUAAGGAAUGGGCAGAGAAGGCAACAAAGAACAGUUGGGAACGCGUGAUUCCAAUGCUGACAACCAAAACCUAUGCCUGUCGCAAAGACCAAACUUAUACCACUGUUUGGAAAACGAUUUCGGCGGCUAUCAGCGCAGAUCCUGAUCUCGUUCGAAUUGUUACGUCUUGUUGUGUGGAUAUUAUGGAGCAGCAACCGAGAUUGACAGAGGAAAUGAUUAAUGACCCUACAGAUGAAGGAGCUUUGGCUGUUCAAGACUUGACGUUUGCUCGACUAUGCCCGCUUUUGAUCCUUUUGUCACUGCCGGAGACAGCAUUUUCAAGUAUUGUAGCGGACGUAGAUGUCCAAGAAGCGGGAGACUACUGGAUGGAAGCAUCUACUGAACAGCAGCCCCUCGAUACAGACAAGAGCUUGUCCAUGCGGCUACUGCAAGCUCUGUUGAUCAGAGCUGAACACAUUAUGGAGAUCCAAUAUAUCCGUCCGGUAGCUUUGACGGUGCUGGCAGGGCUGUUUGGAUCCCAAGGUAGAUUCCUGAAGCUAUGUACCAUCAAGCUUCAAAAGUUGUUGGAUCAAUGGCGAGAUUACCAUGUUGUCAUCAAAUACUGGAUCUACUCGUUUUGCGUAUGGGCCAAGGGACCGUGGACAAGAACACUGUCGAAUGACGAUGCUUUCCUACUAAGUCAAUUGAAGGAUACUUGCUUGGAUACCAUAUCCCACUGGCACGAUAUCCCCGGCAAUGAUGAAUUUCAGAAGUUAAAGAUGGGAGCUGCCGAAGCAACAGCACUAGCAGACGGCAUACUGGUUUCCUUACGCUGAAUUGACACUAAUUUUCAUUAAGCUUAUGGCCACCUUUUCCCUCUGGUCAAUCCACUCACUCGUCAUCAUCAGGAAAAUAGGAUGAAAAGAGCGCUAACGGAAACAGAUGUAAAUU